UUCGUUCACUUCGUUUUUGGAUCGCAUCGUGAAAAGUUGAAAUUUCCUCUGCUAGUGCGCUAAAGUGAAAUUACUUUGCAAAAGUGUUUAGAAAUUCCUAACUGCAAUGUUUAGCUGAAAAUAACUUCCAGGUCAUUGUGACCAAAUUCUUCUGAAAUCAUUGCUGAAAGUGUGAAGUUUCAACAUGUCCUGUGGCGAAGGAAAUCAAUCUUCGGCGUGGCCUAAACAUGGCUGCUUCAACUUGGGCGACGUGGUGACGAACAGCGUCAAGGUCCUAACGGACGACGAAAAACUACGCCUGGAAGAGCAGAACAAACGGAUGGUGACGGAUUUCCAGGCGAAGAAGCUGGAGCAAGAGGCCCGCAAACAUUGGGAUCUGUUCUACAAGCGGAACGAAACACGUUUCUUCAAGGACCGUCACUGGACCACGCGGGAGUUUGAGGAACUGCUGGCUGGCGAGACGGUGGGUGAUAACUCGGAAGUGACGAAGACCAUGCUGGAGAUCGGUUGCGGGGUGGGAAACUUGGUGUUCCCGUUGAUUGAGGAUGGCCACCGGGAUUACUUCAUCUAUGCGUGCGAUUUGUCGCCACGUGCCGUCGAGAUGGUCAAGCAACAUAACCUCUACGACGAGACGUACAUGAAGGCGUUCCCGUGCGACAUAACCACCGACGAUGUGUUCGGGACGAUUCCGGAGGGCAGUUUGGAUAUUGCCACGCUGAUUUUCGUGUUGUCGGCGAUCCACCCGGACAAGUUUCGGACGGUGGUGGGGAACAUCUUCCGGCUGAUGAAACCCGGUGGAAUGGUGCUGUUCCGGGACUACGGUCGGUACGAUAUGGCUCAGUUGAGAUUCAAGCCGGGACACAAGAUUGCGGAAAACUUUUACAUGCGGCAGGACGGGACCCGCAGUUACUAUUUCGCGGAAGACGAAGUUGGCGAUUUGUUUCGAGGGGAAGGCUUCGAAGUGAUGGUAAACAGUUACAUUCACCGGAGGACCGUCAAUCCGAAGGAGGGUAUCGAUGUGCCGAGGAUUUUCGUGCAGAGCAAGUUCCGGAAGCCGUGUGGAUGAGUUGGAAGAUGAAUCUAUUGAGGUGCGCAUUGGAUCUAUAACCUCGUCAUUGAAGCAGACACAAGAUGUUACCUAGUGAUUGAUUCCAAGUUCCCUCAGAUGGAAGGAAUUUUUUAAGAUGAAAUCGUUCGACCGAGGAAAACCCUUCCAAGACUUCUCUCAGCGUCAGUCUCCAGAGCAUCCUAACAAGGUAAGAAAAUGUUCUAACAAUAUUUGAAAUCCACCUUUGUAAUGGUCGAAAACCACUUCCCUGAUGACGCAUAGUUCAUUUGACUACAAUUGAAUGAUAACUACAAACAAGCAUCUCGUAUGCAUUGAAAUUGGUCUUUCACCCCUAUCUGACACGUUUUUGACUCAAUAAAAUGCGUUUCACUAGCAAGACAGAAUUUUCCUUUUUGACUGAUCAGAUUUAUUUUCUUCUCCAACUUUUACAGGAAAUGUGACUGAAAUCGAAUGUCGAUAAUGAUUUACAUGGAAAUAAAAAAGCUAAGCAGGUAAAAA